AUGAAUCUGGCAGCCAAGGCUCAGUUGGAUGGAGACUCCUUUGGUUGCUGAGGAAUGCAGUAUCUGCCAUUUUGCUUUUCAAGAUGAAGACUUGGACCAAUAUCAAGAGUGAACCACUAAAGCCUGACUGUCCUGGAGUUUACAAAGUCUGUAUUUAACAACAUAUUCAGCCACCUUCUCGCCUUGGUAGAUAGCUUGGAAAACUACUCGGAAAAAGAAAAAAAAACCUUAAUGCGUCCGUGUCUUCAUUGCCUUAAGUACACACUGCAUUUCCUGUGCAUGUUACCAAUAAUCUGAGAAAUAAUGUGCCUCCUCACUGUGUUCCUGCAUUGAUUCCACAGAGAGAGGAUGGUAUAAAAAUACACACACAAAGAGUACUUUUAACACGUAUUUCCCAUGCCCGGUUGAGAAACUGACUUGAAGCAUUUUUUUUUUCUUCUCAUAUUCGGGUCAUGAAAUAGAAUCUGCUGGACCAAUGGCAGUGGAGCUUUCCUCCAACUGUGAGUGUCCUAACUGUUUGGAAGGCACUCAGGGUGAGUCCGACUGGAAUUACUCUUCCGGAAAGAGGGGAGACGAGGCAUCUCGCGAUGCAUCACACUCCAGACCAAGGAAGAAAUCCACACUCUCCCCGGUCAUGAAACGUUUUCUUUCUCAGUGUUGCUCCAGCAGGCUGCAGAGCGACAACAAGGAAGAAUCCGGGUUUCUUCCUUCGGAGGAGGAAAGUUCUGCGGGCUUCUCUCAAAGACAAAAUCGCCGCGAGAAGUCCAGGAACACCAAACGGAGGGGCAAACCCUGGAGAGAGCUGACCAUCCGAGAGCUGCUGAGGAAGUUUGGGGAGGGUGGGAAGCUGCCACCGUACUCCAGGUCCUUGGGCCCCUUGGGAGACCACGUGGUUGUGAAGUUCAGGAGAGCUCUGUAUUAUUCUGGAAUCUGGGUAAAGCACGUCCAAGGCUCUGGAUUGGAAAAGCAGUUUUCAGCUGAUUACUUCAAGAGGAAUCCCAGCAGCCUCCACCGGCUGAUUCCCUGGCUGAAACGGGAACUCAUGGCCGUGUACGGAGACUACGGCUACACGGUAAAGAACAUUCUAGCUGCCAUUCUCCAGCACAUGACAAAAUUUAACUUGGACAGCGAGUCCUUCACUCACCUGCUGGAGCCUUAUCUCCUCCAGCACACUCACCACUUUCUGCAUGAGUUCAUCAGUUUCGUUCACUCAUCCUGCAACAUGGAGACCUACGACCGCAGGGCCAUCUAUCAGUGUCCGCUUUCAACGUGGAUGAAAAACAAGAGCACUGUUUCGGUUCCAGUGUUGGCUUUGCCUGGGGAUCUCUCCCUCGUGACACCCCAGCAAGGGACCAAGGAGUGCAAGAACGCCCAGGCUCAGGGGAAGAAGACUGGGCCGAGGCCUCACUCCGGCUUGAAACAAUUCCCACCUGGUAAUUAUGCCUCCCAAAACCCCCAAACAACCCAUCAGAAAACAGCAAACAAAUUCCACGGUUGUGCCGAGGACAAAGGGGGAUUAGAUGAUUUUAAGGACGUGGUGUGUACUACCAACUUGUUACUGGAUUGGGAUAAUCUCAAGGAAAGCAGUCCAGACACAGAGCAUUAUGAAAACGCUGGUCAAAAGAAAAGGAUAGAAGGCACGAACCCUCUCUGCAGCGGCGUCCAGGGUCUGCAGAAGAGCCGAUCACGUUCCCACAUCCGUAGAGCAUCCGCGGAUUCUAAUCAGGUACCACCAAGAAAGUUCGAUUUAAGGGAAACAAAUGUUUUCAGUCCUGGUCCUGGGCAACAGGUACAUUAUCAGAACAAAGGAAUAGAAAAAAAGAAGCUUGAAGAAUCUCCACCAAAGGCUUUUCAGAUAUUGCCUGGAGAAGGGGCUUUGAUAAACUGCAAAUCCAGAGGAACUGAUCAUUCUAGCAAUUGUGUCUCCGGAAAUGUCCCCGUUUCUACUAGAAAUGAUAAAAUGCUGGCUUCUUUUAGAAAAAAGAAGGCAUGCAGCCUGUCUUCCCAAUGUGUAGAAGUUGGUUCACACCACAGUAUAAGAAUCCAAACACGAUCCAGUUCCAGGACACCCAGAUCCAAACCAUGGUGUGUCGGAUUCAAAACGCAGUCCAUAUGCAACGAUCAGGGCAAUGUGGCUCUGAAGGGAAGUCACAGAAGCAAACGCUUCACCCAAAAGAUAUGCAGUAGGCCAUCAAAAGGAAGUGUGUGCAGCUGUGUGUCAGCCUGCAGGAUGGCAUCCUUUACCCUAGCCCACCAUGGCAAAGUUUGUUUAACGGCUGGGAGGAGACACAGCUGUGCUUCCAAAGGUAACUGUGACUCUCAGACUGGAAGAGAGUGUGACAGUCUCACAUGCCUACAAAUGGAGAAAUAUCAGUCCCCAAGGGAGCAACAGAAGAAGGGAAAGAACUUAGUCAGUAGGGCUAAGAGAAUCGGGACACUUGGGCCCCUAAAACCCAAAUGCCAGUGUGAGUGUAUUUAAACCACAGCAGAGUUCUGUGUUGAGUUGGGGGAUCUCAAUGAUAAAAGACCAAUGGACCAUCAUUCUGAAUGUGAGACUUGCUGCAGAAAGUUUGUUUACAAAAAAAAAAAAAGAAUUCAAGACAUCAAGCCAAGAAGGAAUCAGAAAUAGGUGGCGUCAGAAG